UUUUUUUUUCUUCCCUGACAAAGCACAGACCACCUUUUGGAGAAUGGAGGACCCAGCAAGCGAGAUUCCGUCCGUCAUCUAUAUGCUGACAACAGGGACACCUUCGGAACAGAAACAUACCUUGGAGACAUACUUUACCCCAGACAGUAGCUUUCAACAUCCUUUUUGUCGAGUUUCCAGCUUUUCAGACAUAUCCAUCCCCUUACUUGGAGUUAUUAAUUCAAGAUGGGUCAUGUGGAUGAUUUAUCGGUGGUACAAGUUCCUCAGUCCUAAAAUUGCAAUUGAAGUGCAUUCUGUUGUUCAGGACCUUAAGAAACGUGUCCUCUAUGUCGAAAUCUCUCAAGUCUUCUCUCUCUGGUUCGUUCCUCUCUAUAAAUCGCAUGUGCACUUUGUCGCGGCUCUACAUUUAACCCAAUUCCCAGAUGAUAAACGGUACUACAUAUUUAAACAAGAGGAUCACUAUCAAUUCAAUGAGUUUGUCAAGUUUGUUUGGCCCGGUGGAGACACUUUCUUGACCAUUUGGCAAUUCACUGCGACCCUGGCUUGCAUCAUUGGCGGACUGUUAUUAGCGCCCUUGACCUUUUGGACGUGGAGGAGAGAGUAACCUAGAAAGGAAAUAAAGCCAUCGCAGG